AUGUGGGCCACAAUUGUAGGGAGCACCCUGCGGAGGAUCCAGCAGGUCUUCGAGCGCUUUGACAAGGAUGGUGGCGGGUCCUUGGACAGGCAGGAGAUGCAGUUGGUCUUCAAGACCCUCUGCCCGAACUUCUCGUCCAAGGAGAUCUCCAAGUUUAUGCAGGAGUUGGACAGAGGUGGAGACGGCGCAGUCUCGCACGGCGAGUUCUUAGAGUGGAUCAAGGCCGGUAGUCCCGCCGCCGCGGAGGUGUACAAGGUGAUCCUGAAAGAGACUGGGGACGCGAUGUCUGCCCGAGUACGGGAAGUCUUUCAGAGGUUUGAUUCCGAUGGCGGGGGCUACUUGGACAAGGACGAGCUUUCGCGUGUCUUCCGCACGCUGAACUCGGACUUCACCUUCAAGGACAUCGAGGCCUUGUGCAGAGAUCUGGACCGAGGCGGAGACGGCAAGGUUUCACACAAGGAGUUCCUCCACUGGCUGAAAAAGGGAACCGAGCUGGCACAGGCGGUGUCGCGCGCCAUCCUGAGGGAAACCGGGGAAGCCAGGGAGGAGCGCAUCAAGAAGGCCUUCCAGGCCUACGAUGCCACUGGCGACGGCUCGCUGAACAUCGAGGAGCUCCGACAGACGCUGAAGGUCCUCGGCAGCUUCUCCGAGGACGAGGUGCGCAAGGUCUGCGUGGACCUGGACAAGAGCAAGGAUGGCGAGGUGUCCUUCCAGGAGUUCGCUUCCUGGAUCAAGUCCGGGACUGGCCCGCCGGCGGCCAUGAAGGCCAAGGCCAUUCUAGCGCCCAGCGACUCAGACGGCCUUGAGGCGGUCUACUACAACUUCUGCGGGGCAGGCCAUUCCGACAUGGAUGGGAAGAGCUUCAAGAAGCUCUGCCAGGACUGCGAGCUGAUGGACAAGCGCCUGGAUGCGACGCACGUCGACCUCAUCUUCGCCGACAAUCGGGUGAAGCCCCGCGGGCAGAAUCGCAUUGACUUCCUUCAGUUUGAGUCGGCCCUGGAGCUGCUGGCGGAGAAGAAGGGCGUGGCCAAGGCGGAGAUUCGGAAGGACAUGGUGCUGCAGGGCGGGCCGAAGGUGACGAAGAGCGUUUCGGCGCCCGUGAUCCCGACCAACCGACGGCCCAAGGAGAACCUCCGGAACAUCAGCCAGAAGCGGAUCGCAUCCAUCUUGAAGCGCCCCGCCAACGAACCCAAGGGCCAGGAGACCUGGCGCAAGGAAGUCAACAACCGGGAGCUCUGGAAGGUCUUCGGCCUGGACAACGCAGCCGGCCGGACGCUGAAGCGCAUCUACAGUGGCACCGAGGUGGGCCUGGUCUCCCCGGAGUCCCCCAGCACACGCUCCCUCCGCCGAACGCCCACCGCAGAGCUGCUGGUGGUGAAAGCCAAGUCCGACGGCCUGGUACUGGGCCCCAAGGCUCACAUGAAACAGCCUUGA